CAUGGCCGGGGCCGCGCAGGAGAACAGCACGCUGCUCCACCUCUUCGCGGGAGGGUGUGGUGGGACGGUUGGGGCCAUCUUCACGUGUCCGUUGGAAGUCAUCAAGACGAGGCUCCAGUCUUCGAAAUUGGCCUUCCGGGCCGUCUACUACCCUCAAGUCCAGCUGGGGACCCUCAGCGGCGAAGGAAUGGUCCGGCCGGCAUCCGUCUCUCCGGGCCUCAUUCGGGUUCUUAAAUCCAUUUUGGAGAAAGAGGGUCCAAGGUCGCUUUUUCGUGGGCUGGGGCCAAACCUGGUUGGAGUCGCACCAUCCAGGGCGGUGUACUUUGCGUGCUACUCCAAAGCCAAGGAGCGCUUUAACCACGUCUUCACCCCCAACAGCAACAUCGUACAUGUCUGUUCAGCGGGCUCUGCAGCCUUUAUCACCAAUUCACUGAUGAAUCCCAUCUGGAUGGUAAAAACCAGAAUGCAGCUAGAAAGGAGGGUCAGAGGGUCAAAGCAGAAGAACGCCCUGCAGUGCGCCCGCUACGUUUACCGGAUGGAAGGCAUCCGGGGCUUCUACCGAGGCCUCACCGCCUCGUACGCCGGCAUCUCGGAGACCAUCAUCUGCUUCGUUAUUUACGAGAGCCUGAAAAAGCACGUCAGCGGCGUCCGGUUGGCCUCUUCUCCCACUGGCGGGCCAGAGAGGAGCUCCACCAAUUUCAUCGGGCUGAUGGUGGCCGCGGCCGUCUCCAAGGGCUGUGCCUCUUGCAUUGCUUACCCACACGAGGUUAUACGGACGAGGCUACGAGAGGAAGGUACCAGAUAUAAGACGUUUGUUCAGACGGCACGGCUGGUGUUCCGCGAGGAAGGAUAUUUUGCUUUCUACAGAGGACUUUUUGCCCAACUCAUGAGGCAGAUCCCAAACACGGCUAUUGUCUUGUCUACUUAUGAGUUAAUAGUGUACCUCUUAGAAGACCGAGUUAAGUAGCAGACCGGGACUUAAACUAGAAGCACACAGAGACUACAAAGGCCAGUUUCUUCACGAUGAACCGUUUCAAACAUUCACGCAAGACAGACGGAGUUGAGAAUUGACGGAUCGCUUGUUUGACAUCUGCUCUCUCUCUUUCUUUUUUUUUAAAGUGUCCCCCCCCCCCUUUUGUCUGUCCUUCUGGAUUCAUGCUUUCUGAAAGUUUGUUGAUGUUAAUAUUAAUAGAUGAAAUAAUUAUUUCUUUUUUUUUAACUUAAAAGAGGCGAGGCUCAGAAAUUAAAACGACGAUUAAAUUAAA